AUGAGAAUUAAUCGUAUCGAAGAAAGAAUGGAUGACAACAGUUCGCUCGGUCACCAGAACGGUGGCGGCAGUGCGGUUGGCCAGCUGGGCGGCAUCGGUGGCGGAGCGGGCGGUGGCCAGGGUGGUGGAACCGGCGGGCUCGGUGAUAUGGCCAACAGUGGUGCCGGAAGUGGCCUCGUCGGUAAGGGCGGUAUGGGCCCUGGUGCCGGAAACUGCGACGAUCAGAACAACAAAACGCCGACUCAGUACUCGAUUCCUGGCAUACUGCAUUUCAUCCAGCACGAGUGGGCCCGGUUCGAGCUCGAACGCUCACAGUGGGACGUGGAUCGGGCUGAGCUGCAGGCAAAAAUCGCCGUGCUGAUGGGCGAACGCAAGGGUCAGGAAUCCCUCAAAUCCGACCUGAUCCGACGCAUCAAGAUGCUAGAGUAUGCACUCAAACAGGAACGCGCCAAAUUUCAUCGGUUAAAGUACGGUGUCGAUCCGCCGAUGAACGACAUUAAACCGCCAACCGAUGAGCCAGGAAUUGGAACGGAAGUAGCUCCCGAUCCGGAGGUACCAUACAGUUCCGUGUCGAACAUCACUUGGCGGCAGGGUCGGUUGCUGCUGCGUCAGUAUUUGCAGGAGAUUGGCUACACCGAUACCAUCCUGGAUAUCCGUUCGAAUCGGGUGCGUUCGUUGCUGGGGUUGAACAACAACAGCGAGCAGGAGGAAAACGUCAACCCAAACGUGAAUGGUGGCACCGAAUCGAACAAACGCGCCAGCGAGUCGCAAGGACGUCGAACGCCGGCGAAGAAACCGUCGUCCGUGACCGAAGCGAUGAUACUGGACUCGGAGGCGGCUGUCAUCGCCAACUUUGACUUUCUGGCCCGGGAGGACGUGGAGAUGUCCGACGAUGAUGACGUCUCGGACGAGAUCGAUGUGGUCGGUGACAGCGAGGACACGGAUAUGAAAACGACCAAACGGAAAGCCAAAGGAAGCACUCUGAAUGACGAUAUGGACGCCGAAGCGGAUGAUGUAAUCAAUGAGUUAAAUCCACUAACAGAAGGUGAGGAUGUUAUAAUGGAAGACAGUAACAAAAUCGACCCCGCCGGAGAUGAUCUGUAUGUUGGUUACAAUAAAAGUGGUAUGCCACGCCACCCGACGAUACCGGGUAUCGGAAACGACGAGGAGGUCGACUCGUCCCUCGGCGAGCUGGCCCAGCUGACGGUGAAUAACGAGACGGAGUCGGCGUACGACGUGUCCAACUCGAAAGAGCCAUACCGCAAGACGUGGAACGCCAAAUACACGCUCCGUUCGCACUUUGACGGUGUGCGGGCGCUGGCCUUCCACCCGCAGGAACCGGUCCUGAUAACUGCCUCCGAGGACCACACGCUCAAGCUGUGGAACCUGCAGAAAACUGUGCCAGCGAAGAAGUCUGCUAGUCUCGACGUGGAACCCCUGUACACGUUCCGCUCGCAUAACGGCCCGGUGCUGUGCCUGGCGAUGUCGGCCACCGGGGAGCAGUGCUACUCGGGCGGAUUGGAUGGUGCGAUCAACUGCUGGAAUCUGCCAAGCUCCAACAUCGAUCCGUACGAUAGCUACGAUCCGGAGGUGAUGCGGUGCACCAUCGACGGCCACACGGACGCCGUCUGGGGGCUGUCGGUGAAUCACGCGAAGAACACGCUCGUGUCCUGCUCGGCGGAUGGUACGGUCAAGCUGUGGUCACCGUCGGGCAAGAUCCCCACCAACAGCACUACCUUCACGUCCGAGACGGAGGGCAUCCCGACCUCGGUCGAUUUCGUGAAGGACCAGAUCGAUCGCAUCGUCGUGGCGUACAGCAGCACUCACUGCAUCAUCUACGACACCGAGACCGGCAAACAGGUGGUGAAGCUCGAGGCCAGCCAGGAGAUGACGGGCAACCUUGGCAAGCACAUCAACAAGGUCAUCAGCCACCCGACGCUGCCGAUCACGAUCACGGCGCACGAAGAUCGUCACAUUCGCUUCUGGGACAAUGGGACCGGAUCGCUGGUGCACUCGAUGGUGGCCCAUCUGGACGCGGUCACGAGCCUCGCGAUUGACGCGCACGGGUUAUACCUGCUGUCCGGCUCGCACGAUUGCUCGAUCCGGCUCUGGCACAUGGACAACAAGACGUGCGUUCAGGAGAUUACCGCGCAUCGGAAAAAGUUCGACGAAAGCAUACUGGACGUCGCGUUCCAUCCCUCGAAACCCUUCAUCGCCAGUGCCGGCGCGGAUGCCAUCGCGAAGGUGUUCGUUUAAUGCAGCACCGGUGCCUGGGCGUGCGUGAGUGAGCUGAGCUGCUAGCCGGCGAAAGAAACGGAACAGUGGGAGAGAGGAUUGCGUGAAAAGAAAAAUCGGUAAGACUAGCCUGGCGGCAGUCGUCGGUGGUGCGUGUUCGUGCACGUGUUGCACGCCAUGGGCUGGCGUCCGUUCCGAUCCGCUACUAAGGUGUUGUGGAACUUCUUCUUUUGUUUUUUAAAGCAUGUUUAUGAUGUAGCUACGCACUGAGAAACGUUUCUUUUAUCCCAAAAUGCGCGAUUGCGCGAGAAAGUGACAAUUUCCACAACACGCCACCGUUAACGUAAAACAAAAAGGUGGUGUACUCAUUAUCCGUGUGGUGUGUGGAUCGAUUCGAGCGCCAGCCCCCAACUGCAAGGAACUGCGAGGAACACCCUGAUGUUGUGCAUGCGUGCACACACGACACGCCACAAGAUGAAACGUUCGUUUCUCGAGCAUAGAAAUCGAAAAGCGAAUCUUUAGCGCGAUGGCGGCGAACAGCCUUUUCGGGAGGGAAAAAUGAAUGCACGACGCAUUGGCGAAGAAGCUAACGAGCGGAAUAAUUCUAGUAAAAUACAUUUAAUAAUUGACACACUCACAAUUCGACACAUACACACACGCGUAUGCAAGGAGCAGCUCGUUUUCUUUGUCCUUUGAGACAAACGCUUCGCUGUUUCGAACGUGCUGCUCUCAAUCCCUUUUUUUUAGGUUGGACUUAGGCAUUUCAAAGGAUGAUAUCGACGAAGCGUCAGCAGAUCUUUGAUUCUUAGGCGGGACGGUUCCAUCCUGUCGCGAUCAGAACCGUUUCAGUUUGUUUUUGGCACACACACACACACUUACUCACUCAUACAUACAUACGUGUCUGGCGGCCUGUUUGUGGUUGAGGCAGAAAAAAUGUAAAUUACACGUGAAAAACGCCCCUUUCAUUGUAUUUCCCGAUACACUUUGUGUGGUAAUCGCGUUUUCGGGUCGAAGUGUGACCGCCCAAAAGCGCAGUCAAACCAGCAUGAUGUUGUUCGAGCUGCAUUCGUUCGACCUUACCUCACACACACACACACACUGUUGCACAUGACGAUGAGAUUGUUAAAAACAAGCACAGGAAAUUGCAAAACCCGUGGGUAGAAUGGUGCCUCAGCACAAUCACACAGCCACACACUCACAGGACCAUAUACACAGCUCGUCCACACGAUCGAAGUGUGCCAGAUUUCAUCGGCAACGGGGUUUGCCCGCUGUAUGAUUUACGCAAGUACGCAUGCACGUGCUAGAAAGGAUCAAUCGGUUUUUGUACACAGUCUCUGGAGCUGGCGAGGACUUUACUUUGCUUCCCUUCAUUCGGUAGGGCUACAUUUAGCAAGCAGUUACAUUCAUAAGAAUGCAUACACUCUCAAAACAAGCGAACAUUAGCAUAAAACAAGUAUAGUAAAAACAAAUGAUAAUAGAAUAGCGCUGGAUAAGAGAAGCCCGGGGGCGAAAUGCGCUGGUUACAAGCGACUACUGCUAGUGCUCUGUAAGGGGGGCGUCGAAUGCAACAAACCCUACAAAUCCAAGCCCCGCCAGUACCUGGGGAAGUGAGUGCAUACGUGCAAAAAAGAAGAAAAAAAACAAACUUACCAGGCGCAGCGCGGAUAAGGGGAGGCGCACAUCCUGACGUACUAAAAUUACGGGAAUAAAGUACGCACGACAGCUAGACGGCUCGUAUUGAUCAAGUGCUGGCACACAGGAUGCAGGAUGCAUCGUUUGAUGCAUCUCCCGUGGAAGGAAUGGUGUGGUGCGGGCAGCAGGACGUUGCACAUGUAACACGCUCCUUCCGUUCAGUGUGUGCGCGUGGGCGCCCCCUUUGCAUGCAACUAGGAACGAUGAUUGAUGAAAGUCCUAAGAGAUGUAAUCUUAUAUUUAGGCAUAAAUAGCGAGAAUCGUGCGUAUAUAGGAAAACAAGCAAAUCAUAUUAAGAGAUAUCUGAUACAUACACUGGCUCAUAGAUGUUUGACCGGCGGUAGAAACUCCAUGUCUACUUACCCCCCCAACCACACAAGCAUGCACCAUCACCAAACGGCAGCAUAACACGGUCGGUCUCGAAGAGUGAACAGACCCUUCUGGCUCGCUGCCGGUGAUAAGAACUCCGGCUCUCAUGCUCGGUGCGUGAAACGUGUGACGACGGGAAAAGGAAUAAAAGUAAACAUAAUUAGCAUGGGAGGGAGGAGCAAACAAAGCAAAACAAAAACUACACAUAGCCGCCGUGGGCAAGAAGAAGGUGGUCGAAACAAAAUAGUGUCGUGAAAAUAUGAUAUGAUAUGAAAAUUGUAUUUAUUUUACUCAACUCCAUUCAAAGAAAACGAAAACAUGUUGUUAAAGAUUUUGAUUUAUUAAUAAAGUGUAGAGUAAUUAU